AUGGCAUCGGUAACGUUUAAAGACAAUGCGGAAGUGAUAAUGAUAGGUGAGCAGGAUCGGAGAAGAGAGCAAGGUAUGGCCAGGCCCUGGAUAACGGGAUUCAUCGACGCGGAUAUCAUGUGGCAAAAGGACGGUCCGCAACUCAUAGUAGACAUCGCCAAAGAGAACUUCGAACAGCUUAUAUUGACAUUCGUCCUCUUGCUCUACAUUGUUGUGGCAAAGAUAUAA